AUGUCUUACAGUGGGCCUCACAUGGCCAGCUUGAAACGCAGCGUCAGGUUUCCACCAGACUUACUUGUUGAUGGUUCAACUGUGAUGGGAAUGGAAUCUGUAGAAGCCUUAAAGAGAUUUGAUGCUAAUCAUAAUAUAAAGGAUAACACCAUUCCAGGCUCAAGGUUAAAUCCUGUAUCUUCCUCCAGCACAAGCUACAGGGCUAUUGGAAAUAACCCAUCUCAAAAUAUGACCACAACUCCUUUGGCGAUAGAGAAUGUCCAGGAUACUGCUUCAGCACAUGAAAGUAUUGAAAAAAAUGAAAAUGCACUGAGAAAUGAGGGACAGAUGGAUACUCAUGAUGAAAGUUUUCACCAAGUCGCUGGCAAUGCAAAUGAAAACCAAUCAAGGAAUGCUCCAAACAGUUCAAUAAUUGUGGUAAAUACCAAUGAUGAAAAUGUACAACCAGAAAAUCCAAACAAUGCUGAUGAAAUGAUUGUAGCAGCUUUGGCUUUUGUUCUGGAGUGUUGCGAUAUGUGUGUAAUACUCUAGAAAAACAACAAAAAUAUAAUAUUAAUUAAUAACAAGUAUUACCUUUCAACAUAUUUUACCUUGCUUAAAAUUAAUAAUAAAUGUUUUUUAUUUAUCAAACCCAAAACAAAUUCAUAUCAAUGAUUAAAGUUUUACUUAUGUUUAACCUGAUAAUGUAAAUGAUUUAUAUUUUUCAAAUUACUGAUUACUGUUAAUAUUUAUGUUUAAUGAAGAAAUAAACUUUUUUUU